CUCUCUUUGGUCUUCCUUUUCUCCUGAAUCCCUCUCUGUACACUCGCAUAGAGAGAGAGAGAGAGAGAGAGGGAGAGAGAUGGGUCCUGCAGAAGUGCAAGAAGGAGAUGAUGCGGGCGAAGUAGUACCUCCGUGGCUAGAUCACCAUCAGAAGGAGCUCGAUGCCGGUGCUCUCUUCGUUCUCAAAUCUAAAGGUUCAUGGCUUCAUUGCGGAUACCACUUGACCACCUCGAUCGUGGGUCCAGCUCUUCUAAGCCUUCCCUACGCUUUCACCUUCUUGGGAUGGGGGGGCGGGAUUAUAUGCCUGGUCGUCGGAGCACUCGUGACCUUCUACUCUUACAACCUCAUAUCACUCGUCCUGGAGCAUCACGCCCAGAUGGGCAAUCGGCAUCUACGGUUCAGAGACAUGGCUCACGACAUCAUGGGAGUAGGUGAAUAUAUAGUCGGAGAACAUGUUCGGCCAACGAUUGAAGCGACGAAAGAGAAACCUUGGACAUUGCAAUUUCUAACGCCCUGCGGGCCGAGAUGGGGGAAGUUUUACGUCGGUCCAAUCCAAUUCAUGGUCUGCUAUGGUGCUGUUGUUGCUUGCACCCUCCUGGGAGGGGAAUGCUUGAAGACGAUCUACUUGCUGUCCAAGCCAGAUGGGACGAAGAAGCUCUACGAGUUCGUCAUAAUAUUCGGGUGCUUGAUGUUAGUCCUAGCUCAAGUACCAUCCUUUCACUCACUCAGGCACAUCAAUAUGGUGUCCUUGGUUUUCCUUCUCUACAGUGCUUGUGCCACUGGCGGUUCCAUUUACAUCGGGCUUUCGUCCAAGGGGACUGAGAAGGACUACUCCUUGGCAGGGGACACUCCAACUCGCAUCUUCGGCUUCUUCAAUGCCAUCGCCAUUAUUGCAACGACGUAUGGGAAUGGGAUUAUUCCUGAAAUUCAGGCCACGUUGGCACCUCCAGUGAAGGGGAAGAUGUUCAAGGGGCUGUGCAUGUGCUACGCCGUGGUUGUGGUCACUUACUUUAGCGUCGCAAUCUCCGGUUAUUGGGCUUUCGGCAACCAAGCAGAAGGGCUCCUCCUCAGCAACUUCUUGGUUGACGGGAAGGCGCUGCUUCCGAAAUGGUUCAUUUUGAUGACCAACAUGUUCGCCAUUCUCCAAUUGUCAGCUGUUGGUGUAGUUUAUCUGCAGCCUACUAAUGAAGUUCUUGAGAAAACGUUCGCAGACCCCAUGAGUACGCAAUUCUCUGUACGAAACGUCAUACCUCGCCUGAUCUCUCGGUCAAUAUCCAUCAUUGUGGCAACAACAUUAUCUGCAAUGCUCCCCUUCUUCGGAGACAUCAAUUCUCUAUUUGGAGCAUUCGGAUUCCUGCCUCUUGACUUCGUCCUGCCCGUAAUCUUCUACAACUUGACGUUUAAGCCAUCGAGACGAAGCUCCAUUUUCUGGCUGAACAUCACUAUUGCCGUCGUGUUCUCAACAGUGGCGGUUAUUGCAGCUGUUGCGGCGGUUAGGCAAAUAGCCCUGGACGCUGAUACGUACCAGUUAUUUGCUAAUUUGUAAACAGAGGUAUCUUGUUCUCAAAAGCUGGGUCGAUUAUAUAAAUGCAGAUAUUAGCCCCCCUUCAGUGAAACCAGGACACCAAUCCGUCCACCACUCACCCCAAAAUUCUUUUGCAGUAAUGGUAAAAUAACAGUGGAAAUUCGUAAAGCAAGAACCAUCAGUAGCAUUUCCUUUGGUUGAA